AUGUACUACUAUUCUGUGCUCAGGUUACUCGUCUCUAUCGUAAUGUUAUUCAGCUGCAUCCACAGUUAUUUGGCGGAGAGGCACUAUAAAAGAAGCAAUGCUAAUGGAAAUGUUUUCAAUCUCCUGCUUGGACUAUACAAAAUAAAUCCUUUGAAAGGUUCCGAUGUAUAUAGAUCUUUUUCUGACAAACUGCUCUUGGGCCGCAGUGAAAAAGCCCAGGGUUACAAAGCAAACUCAGAUGAAAUUGGCAAAGGACAAUUGAAAGAAUCUCUAAAUGAAAUAGAGAAAAUAAUACACCUCACGACAAAAAAGCCUUCGAGUACUUUCGUGAAACCUGCAUACGAUGUUGAUGAUGUCAGCACAGAGAACUUUAAAGUAGAUAUCGUAGUUAAUGAAAAAUAUAUGGUGAAAGACGACAUGAGAAGAAUUGAGGAUGAAGAUGAUUUCAACUCAAUACUCGGACAUUUAUCAAGCAAUGAAGUUAAAGAUAUUCCUGUCACAAAACUGUUGCCUGUCAAUGCCACAAGUGCGUUUGAGCCUUUUUAUGAAAUAGUUGACAAUAAUGUACCUAGUAGUGAUAAUUUCGAAUUUCGUGAUAAAAGUCUGGACGAAGCGCCUUCGGAUACAAAAAUAGAAGAACUGCCAGAAGUGAUAGUGUUAUAAAACUCAGGAAAAUAAACAACUCUCGAUCGAAUGUGAAACUUACUUUAUACAGAAUUUUAUUUACAUUAUUAAGAUAAAUUA